AUGGCCACUCAGCGUCACUAUUACCAGCCCGCUGCCUAUGGAUAUCACCAUGCACCAUCCAAGGCACCGGCUUCAGCUGCCAUGUAUCCCAUUUCCAGAGUCCCUGGCUCACCGCCAGAUUUCUCUGAUGCAAGCACCACUGCCGGCAGUCGUUCUUCCGGCGGACUCACCUUCAGCUCCGCCGGCGACUACGAAUGCAGCUCUGCAUCGUACUCCGGCGUCGACGUCGUGGACGUCCUAAGCGACCGUAUACAGGAUGCAUUCGAUCCAACACCAUUAGACAAGGGCCUAGCGCGCCAGGCACAAACAUCCGGCCAGCUCAACGCAAAGCAACAAGAACUCCUCGAGCUCCAAGCUCUCGCACAGCGACGCCUAAAAGGCGUACGUGCGAAUUUCUCCGAAGGCCUGAAAACCGCACGGGAGACGAAGCGCGAUCUCGAAUGGACACAAAAGCGAGUCAGUGCCCUGAAGGCUAAGGCUGAGAAGGCCCACCCGGAUGAGUACCGGCGGUCUGUGAAGAAGUACGCCUAUGACGACUACUGA